CCUGGGGAUCGCAGAUAUAAAGCAGGUGUUAAACUAAAACUUAACAUCAGUUACGGGAAUAAUGAACAAAAAUGGCUUUAACGGAGCUGUACACGAGGUAUAAUAAAGUGUGGAUACCAGAUGCAGAACAUGUGUGGAAAUCAGCUGAAAUUACAAGAGAUUUCCUACCAGGAGAUAGUAUACUUGAACUACUUUUUGAAGAUGGCACUGAGUACCACUACCCUGUCGACCAAUCUAAACCCCAACUCCCUCCUCUUCGAAACCCUGAUAUCUUAGUUGGGGAAAAUGACCUGACAGCUCUUAGCUACCUGCAUGAGCCUGCAGUCCUGCACAAUCUCAAAGUCCGAUUUGUGGAAUCCAGAAUCAUCUAUACCUACUGUGGUAUAAUUUUGGUGGCUGUAAAUCCUUACAAACAACUUCCCAUCUAUGGAGAUGCAAUCAUUCAUGCUUACUCAGGGCAGAACAUGGGAGACAUGGAUCCUCAUAUAUUUGCAGUGGCAGAGGAGGCUUACAAACAGAUGGUCAGAAACCACAAGAACCAGUCUAUCAUCGUCAGCGGAGAGUCUGGAGCUGGCAAAACAGUGUCCGCUCGAUAUGCGAUGAGGUACUUUGCUGUUGUGAGCAAAUCUGGAAGUAAGACCCGAGUUGAAGACAAAGUGCUGGCAUCCAAUCCAGUAACAGAGGCAAUAGGAAAUGCAAAAACCACCCGGAAUGACAACAGCAGCCGGUUUGGAAAAUACACAGAGAUCAGCUUUGACAGGAGGUACCGGAUCAUUGGAGCGAACAUGAGGACCUACCUGUUAGAGAAAUCCAGAGUUGUUUUUCAGUCAGAAGAUGAGCGUAACUAUCACAUAUUUUACCAAAUGUGUUCCUGUGCAGACUCACCAGAGUUCAAGAACCUGAGACUGUUGAGUGCAGAUAAGUUCCGGUACACCUGCAUGGGUGGUGACACAACAAUUGAAGGUGUCAGUGACAGGAAGGACAUGGAAGAGACUCAGCAAACCUUCUCCAUGCUGGGACUGAAGGAGGACUUUCAGUCUGAUGUGUUUAAAGCUCUGGCAGCAAUUCUACAUUUGGGGAAUGUGGAGAUAAGAAAGUUGGGAGAUGACAAAUCAUCAGUUUCUCCCAGCGAUCCUCACCUGGUGGUCUUUUGUGAGUUGCUGGGCGUAAACACAGAGGAACUGGUGCGUUGGCUGUGUAAUCGGAGGAUUGUUCUGGUGGCUGAAACAGUUGUGAAGCCGGUGUCAAUGGAGCGGGCAGUAACUGCCAGAGAUGCUCUUGCUAAACAGAUCUAUGCUCAUCUGUUUGACUGUGUAAUAAACCGGAUCAACACAGCGCUGCAGGUUCCUGGAAAGCAGCAUGCCUUCAUAGGUGUUCUGGACAUCUAUGGCUUUGAAACCUUUGACAUCAACAGCUUUGAACAGUUUUGUAUCAACUAUGCAAAUGAAAAACUCCAACAGCAGUUUAACAUGCAUGUGUUCAAGCUGGAGCAAGAGGAAUACAUGAAAGAGAACAUCCCAUGGACGCUUAUAGAUUUCUAUGACAAUCAGCCUGUUAUCGACCUGAUCGAGGCAAAGAUGGGGAUCCUUGACUUACUUGAUGAGGAAUGUUUGUUCCCUAAUGGCACUGAUCAGAGCUGGUUGCAGAAGCUGUACAACUACCUAGAUGCCAAUCCUAUGUUUGAGAAGCCCAGGUUAUCAAAUGAGGCAUUUGUGAUUCAACACUUUGCAGACAAGGUGGAAUAUCAAUGCAAAGGUUUUCUUGAGAAGAACCGAGAUGCUCUCUAUGAAGAACUGGUGGACACUAUGAGAGCCAGUAAGUUUUCCUUUCUGGCCAACUUUUUCCAAGAGGAGGAACAAAACACUGUGACCAGCAAAGCUGUCAAGGUGAAACCAGCCAGGCCUUCGGUGAAACCAGCCAAUAAGCAGCUGAGAACAUCUGUGGGAGAUAAGUUCUGCAGCUCCCUCUCUUUACUGAUGGAGACGCUGAACGCCACCACCCCUCACUAUGUGCGCUGUGUUAAGCCAAAUGAUGAAAAGCUCCCAUUUGAAUAUGACUCCAGGAGAGUUGUGCAGCAGCUGCGAGCCUGUGGAGUUCUUGAAACCAUUCGUAUCAGUGCACAAAGCUACCCCUCCAGAUGGACAUACAUUGAGUUUUACAGCCGAUACAGCGUCCUAAUGUCAAAUCUGGAGGCUGACCUCAGUGACAAGAAGCAAACCUGCAAAAAUGUGCUGCAGAGGUUAAUUCAGGACUCCAACCAGUACAAGUUUGGUCGGACAAAGAUCUUCUUCCGCGCUGGUCAGGUAGCUUAUUUGGAGAAGCUCCGUUUGGAUCGACUUCGAGGAGCCUGUGUGACCAUCCAGAAACACGUCCGUGGAUGGAGCCAGAGGAGAAAGUACCAGAAAAUUAGAGAAGCAGCCAUUAUCCUUCAACAGUACAUCCGAGGAAAGAGGACAAUCCGUAAAACAGUAAGUGCUGCAGCACUGAAGCAGGGCUGGGCAGCGCUGGUGAUCCAGAGGUACUGGAAAGGCUACCGCAUGAGGCAGAUCUACCAGGUAGUCCGUCUGUCCUCCAUCACCAUCCAGGCCUUCACACGAGGUUGGAUGGCUCGUAAACGAUACAAGAAGAUGAUAGAAGAGCACAAAGCCCUGGUUCUACAGAAAUACGCCAGAGCAUGGCUAGCACGACGCCGAUUUCAAAUCAUGCGUAGGCUGGUGCUCAAUGUCCAGCUCUCCUACAGGGUGCAGCAGCUCAGAAAGAAGAUUGAAGAGCAGAGCAAAGAGAAUCGUGGGCUGAUGGAAAGACUGACAAUUUUGGCCAAUUCCCAUUCUCAAACUGUGGACAGACUUCAAGGUCUGGAGACACAGCUGGAAAAAUCAGUCAACCAGAAAACAUCUGUGGAGGCAAGAGAGAGGAAAGCAAAAGAAGAUGCUAGCCUGAUGAUAGCACAACUUCAGAAGGAGAUAGAAGCACUAAAUCUUGAAAAGCAGAACCUGGAGAAAAAGUUUGAAGUUUCCUUCAAAGAAGCCAAAGAGAGUUUUGAUCAAGUAAAAGGGACUCUUCUGGAAGAAAAAGAGAACGAAGUGAGACAUAGAAAGAUCGCAGAGAACAACAUUGAAAUCCAGAGACAGGACCAUGAAAAUGAGGUGGAAGCUCUGAAAGAGGAGAUAAAGAGAUUGAAAGAGGAGAGAGUGAGUCUGCAGAGGAAGAUAGAGGAAGGGGGGCAGGUGAACUCAGACCUACAGGAACAGGUCAUUCAGCUCUCCAAGCAUGUCAAAGUCAUUCCAGAGCUGCGCAGAGAUCUGAACAACCUGCAAAAUCAGAGGAGUAACAUGGACCGAAAGAUGAAGCAACAGUCUGAACAAGCGAGAGCUAAAAUGAAGGAGAUUUCCAGGCAGCUCCUUGGUGGUGUUGUUGAAGAGGAAUUUCUUUUGGGGCUAAUAGAUGACUCUGAGAAGACGUAUGAACCUGAAGAUUUGCUGGCAGCCUUUGAGAGCCUGCAGGAAGCAACCAGAAUUCUGGAAAACCACCAUAGGGAGCAGAGGGACAGCUAUGAAACUCAAGUGGAGGGCUUGAGAUUAAAAGUGGACCAUCUUCAAAAUGAAAACAACAAGCUGCAAAACUUGUUCCAGGAGAAAAGUAAUGUCAACGAAAACAUUUGCAAAGAAGUGUCCAGGCUCAGCAGUGAAAACUUGGUUAUACCAGAGCUGAAACUACAGGUUUCAGAACUGCAGAGGCAGAAGCAAGAGCUCGAGGAUCAUGUGAAUGAGCAGAGCAGAGAGUUAGCAGAACAAAAUAAGGAGGUGACUAAUACGCUUCAAAGUAAGAUUACAGAAGAGAGCUCACAACGCAGGUAUUUUGAGGAGAAAGCUAAAGAUCUGGAAGAGGAAAAAGGAGAGCUUCAAGGGAGAGUAGAAGAACUGGAAGAGGAGAAUGAUCACUUGAGGAGGCAGCAACUGAUGGAGGGGGAAGUUAAGAGGAAACUUAGAGAAGAGACUUCACGGUUAACUGCUGAGAACAUGGACUUUGAGGAGCUGAUAGACCAGAAAGACAGAUUAAUCAAGAAACUCCAGAGUCAAAUAAAAAGCCUUGAAACGUUUCAGAAAGCAAGACAGAACUCCAUGUCUACCAUCCCUAAGGAAUAUCUCGGCAUGUUGGAGUAUAGGAGAGAGGAUGAACCCAGGCUCAUUCAAAACAUCAUUCUAGAACUGAAGCCCAAAGGUGUGGCGGUGAACAUGAUGCCCAGCCUCCCAGCUUACAUCCUCUUCAUGUGUGUCCGUCAUGCUGACUACCUGAAUGAUGAAGCUAAACUAAAAUCUCUCAUGAAUGCAGUCAUUAGUGCUGUAAAGAAGGUCAUCAUGGGUCACCACAAAGACUUGGACUUGUUGUCCUUCUGGCUGUCAAACACAUACCAGCUGCUCAACUGUCUGAAGCAGUACAGCGGGGAAGAAGAGUUCCUGAAACAAAGUACCCCUCGCCAGAAGAAGAACUGCUUGCAGAACUUUGAUUUGUCUGAGCACAGACAGAUUCUCAGUGACGUGGCCAUACAUAUCUAUCAUCAGUUCAUCACAGUUAUGCAGAAGACACUCACUCCUGCUAUUGUACCCGGUAUGUUGGAACAUGAGAGUUUGCAGGGGAUUUCUAGCAUGAAGCCGACAGGCUUCAGGAAGCGGUCCAGCAGUAUUUAUGAGGACUCUGAGGCCUACACUAUCUCCUCCAUCCUGAAGCAGCUCUCCGUCUUCCACUCCACCAUGAGCCAUCAUGGGAUGGACCAGGGCCUCAUUAAACAAGCCAUCAAGCAGCUGUUUUUCCUGGUGGGUGCCACCACCCUCAACCACAUCAUGCUCCGCAAAGAUAUGUGCUCCUGCAGAAAAGGGAUGCAGAUCAGAUGCAACAUCAGUUACCUGGAGGAGUGGCUGAAAGAGAAGGAACUCCAGAGUUCUAAUGCCAUGGAUACUUUGAGGCCGCUGGCUCAAGCUGCAUGGCUGCUCCAGGUCAACAAGUCCACUGAUGAUGAUGUCAAAGAGAUCUCUGAAAAAUGUGCUGAACUCAACCCUGUUCAGAUUGUCAAGAUUUUGAAUUCCUACACACCUAUAGAUGACUUUGAGAAAAGAGUAGCAUCCUCUUUUGUCCGCAAAGUUCAGUCAGUACUACAAGAUCAUGAAGGGUCCACGCAGCUGAUGCUGGACACAGAUUAUCGUUUCCAGGUCAUGUUUCCUUUUUGCCCAUCCUCACAAGCUCUAGAGCUGCUGCAGGUCCCAAGCAGCCUCCAUCUGGACUUCCUAACCAGAAUCUGAAACAGUCGGCUUUUCACUCCUCAUGUCUGACUGAUGCUUCUGUAGCUUUGAUUUUCCCCAGACUGUAUAUAGAACUCUUUCAGUAAACACUAUAAAGCACAUCUGCAAAUAAUAAAAAUAAAUAAACAAACAAACAAACUAAGGUCUGGUCUCCCCAGUGCAAAAUUCUUACCAAAUUUCAAGUGAUAAAAGAAAUUAGAUUUUAUUCUUUCUAAUAUGUAUGUAAAUUUUAUGAAAGCAGUUAUACCUCAAUAAAUUACCUUUAAAUUGA